AUGGAGCUUUCAUCACCAAAUUAUUCGGAUAGUUACGCCCUCGACGACGGUCUUUCGGAACUGAACGAGGGUCUCUCUGACUUAAACGAUGACCUUUCGGACCUGAACGAUGAUUAUUCUACGCAGCUGCUGAGCGAUAGGUACGCACAACAGUUCUCCGAGGUGUACGAGCUGAUUCGUUCCACAGAAACGUUUUCAGACGACAAAAUUAGGGAAAACAUGUACACCUACUACAACGAGCUGGGCCUGAACGAGUAUUACUUCAGGACCUCGUCAAACGCGUUGAUUGCCAAUAACCUGAUUUCAGUCAUGUCGGCAAAGAUUUUACACGAAAAUUCGGGAUCUAAUUUCUUCCCGACGAUUGAGCAGGUGACGGACGAAUCAGUUUUUAUUAUCGCGAGAACAUCCACAGUUAACAGGAAGUCGUCCGAGAAUUAUUUGGUGGAACAGCGAGUAGAGAAAAAAUACUUCAAUUUGGACGAUGACAGGAAGCCGUGUUGGAGAAUGCAGUGCUUCAGGUCAUCAGCGUCGGUUUUUAAGGAGACGGAAUUUGUAUUCGACAGGCUCAAGAUUUAUUUCUUCCAGAAACCGAAGUUCGCUGAAGUAAAGCCGAGUCCCAGUGAACUGGAUAUAGGCCUACUUUUGGAUAAAGAUUUUUACACUAACAAAAAGGACACGAUCACGGAGCAGAUUUUUUAUAAACUGAAUAAGAAGUUGGUGGACUCGAAGACGGGGAUGGGCCUGGCGAUAAACUGCGAGCCGAGGACGAAUAACGUAUACAGACUGGAUGUCGCCUUCAAGAGGGGCUACGUGCACAAGGACUUUUACUCCAGGAUCAGCGACGCAAUCACCUUACACGACUUGUACUCGAAGUCGAAAUACAUUGAUCCCCUAUCGAAUAAAGUGUGCCUUUUCACGAGCUUUUUGACGUCGUUGCCGAAGAACCAGUCGACGAUAGAGUCGUCAGUGGAAGAUAGGAUGGCCAGCCUCGUAGACUCGAUUAUUCUCACGAGCAUCGUUCCGACCUCGUACAUAUCCUCGUUGAACGUGGACAGGAUACUCACGAUACACGAGGCGUCGUACUGUUACUGCGUGUCGACGUUCAUCCAGCACUUCAGCGGAAGCGUCGGGCCGUACGUGGCGACCGUGGACAACCUCGCCAAAAACAGCCAGGUCUCGCAGUCGGAAAUACAUGAAAUCAAGUCUAAGCUGAAGGUGCAGUCGUUCACGUCGCUCCAGGUGUACACCUCGAUCUCAAACAACCCGGAAAUCGUAAAGAUGCUGUUCCAGCACUUCGACCUCCUGCACAACCCGAAGCUGCAGAAGACGAAUGAAACCACGGCGAGCUCGAGUUCGGAGAAAGCGGACAGCGACAAGGAGCUCGACAGCAGCACGGAGUACAAGUACCCUCGAAGGAUUAACCAGCCAAACGUGAUAGAGGCCGAGGCGCUGGCCAAGAGGGUGACGAGGAUCAUUAAGCUGCUGGAGGACCCCGACGAGAUUGAGAUCUUGCUGUACUUCGUCAAGUUCAACAACUACACGCUCAGGACAAACUUUUACGUCCCAGAGAAGAUAUCACUCUCAUUCAGGUUCAACUGCGGGUUCCUGUCGAAGCUGGACUACCCGAAGGUGCCCUACGGCAUCGUGCUGAUCAUAGGACCGCACUUCACGGGCUUCCACAUCAGGUUCUCGGAGAUCUCAAGGGGAGGAGUGAGGGUGGUGCAGUCGUUCUCGGACGAGGCGUACACGCGCAACAAGCUGCAGAUCUUCGACGAGGCCUACAACCUCAGUUACACUCAGAGUCUCAAGAACAAGGACAUACCUGAGGGAGGAAGCAAGGGAGUGAUUCUGCUCGAGAAGACGAGCACGAAGUACAAGGCGGACCUCUUCACGAGGAGCAGCUUCAUGUGCUACGUCGACGGCAUGCUCGACCUGAUCCUGCCGAACAGGCACAUCGUGGACCUGCUCGGCAAGGACGACAUCUACUUCCUGGGGCCAGACGAGCACACGGGCACUGGAGGACUCAUGGACUGGGCGUCUGAGUACGCGAAGUUCAAGGGACUCAAGUACUGGCGCAGCUUCACCACCGGAAAGGCGCCCUACCUCGGAGGAAUUCCGCACGACAAGUACGGAAUGACCACGGCCUCGAUCGAGGCCUUCGUCCAGGGCAUUCUGAACAAGUACGGCCUGAAGGAGGAGGAGGUCACGAGGUUCCUGACCGGAGGGCCCGACGGGGACCUGGGGAGCAACGCGCUCAAGUGCUCGAACACGAAGACGCUGACGGUGCUGGACAAGAGCGGAGUGCUGCACGACCCCAACGGGCUGGACAUCAACGAGUUGAGGAGGCUGGCGUACCUGCGCGACGAGCCUGCCACGCCAGAUAAAACGUCGCCGCAGUCCUCGCCGCGCCUCACUGCCUCGACGCUUAAGCUCUCGUCCUCGCGCGACAUCGAGGCCGACGAGGCGCUGCUCGGCGCGAGCUCGAAGACGUGCUCGAUGAAGUACAACAAGAAGCUGCUGUCCAGCAGGGGCUUCAUGGUGCCCGAGGAGGCGACGAACGUCACGCUCCCCGACGGCUUCGUGGUCAAGAACGGCUACAAGUUCAGGGACGAGUUCCACCUGAGCGCCUACGCAAAGGCGGACCUCUUCAACCCGUGCGGAGGAAGGCCCAGCUCCAUCACGCCCUUCAACGUGCAGCGGCUCUUCAACGAGAGCGGCAAGUGCUACUACAAGUUCAUCGUCGAGGGCAGCAACGUGUACAUCACCCAGAACGCCCGGCGCUUCCUCGAGUCGAAGGGCGUGGUCCUCUUCAAGGACGCCUCGACCAACAAGGGCGGCGUUACGAGCAGCAGCUACGAGGUACUCCUCUCGCUCGUGCUCGACGACGCCACCUACGAGAAGGUCGCGGUUGAGAAGAACGGCGUGGUGCCCGAGUUCCGCAGGAAGUACGUCGAGGACAUCCUCGACAUCAUCAGGAGGAACGCCACCAUGGAGUUCGAGGCGCUCUGGUCCGAGGGCCUCAGGACUGGGACGCCCAGGUGCGACCUCACCGACGUCCUCUCCGACAAGAUCAACGACCUCAAGCUGAAGAUCAAGUCCUCGAGCACGCUCUUCGGCGACAAGGAGCUCGUCCACAACGUGCUCCGGAGGUGCGUGCCCGGCUCCCUGCUCGAGAUCGUCACCGUCGAGAAGAUCAUCGAGAGGCUCCCGAAGAUGUACCUCAGGGCGCUCUUCGCCUCCUACCUCGCCUCGAACUUCUUCUACAACCAGAAGUUCUCCGACGACACUUCCGUCUUCUCCUUCUACGAGUACAUCACUUCGCUCAAGGGCUGCGGCGAUGCCGUCAAGGUUGACAAGGAGGUCUUCUUCGACGACUCUCCCUUUUCCAACAUUUCCCUGAAGGUCACCAGCUUAACAAAGGUUUAG